AUGGGAACCCUCUGUGGACCUCUUAACAGAGAGGAACCGAAAACAGUUGCAAGCUACAUAAAUACAGCACAAAAUGCAUGGAACAUCCAGCUUCUCAACCAUACAUUUGACGAGCAUAUUGUUAAAGAAAUACUGGCAAUUAAAUUGUGGCCAGCAUCUACUGAACACAAACUCGUAUGGACAGAAACUGUAGAUGGACAAUACACAGUGAAUAGUGCUUAUCAUUUCAUACAGAAAUCAGAGGCUACACAGAUCGUUUCUUGCCCGUCCUCAUCUUAUAUUACCCCUAGUCAUCUAUGGAAGCAAAUUUGGAAAACCAAGACGGCUCCUAAAAUCCGCAUCUUUCUCUGGUCUCUCAGUCACAAUGCGGUUCCUACAAACUACAAUCUGUUCCGUCGCCGAAUCACCAAUGAUCCAUUUUGUAUACUCUGUUCUACCCAUUCCCCCGAAACAACAGAACAUUUAUUUCUGCAGUGCCCUUGGACACAACAUAUUUGGCACCAUCCCAAUGUGCAAAUCAAUGUAACAGCUUAUGCAACUCAUUGCAUAGAUGCUUGGCUUACAGAUAUAUCACAACAAAAAGGUAACGUACCGGAUUUUGAGACCAUAGCAGCUCUUUUAUGGCAGAUCUGGAAGGCCAGAAAUCAUGUCAUCUUCCGCCAUCACUUCACGCACCCGGACCAGCUUGUUGAAUCAGCUCUGGCUCUCACCCACCUGCAUAUUACAGUUCAGAAACAGCAAUCGAAGCAGCAACCGAAGACAGGAAAAAAAUCGCCGAACCCUAACACUACCUGGCUCCCACCGUUGCAGGGCAUGAUCAAAGUGAAUAUAUAUGGUGCCUUCCCUAUUGCAGAAAAUCUGGGUGCGAUCUCCAGCAUCACUCGGGAUCAUACAGGCAGUCUGCUCGGAGGCUUUACCAAAAGCGUUCCAGCAACCUCUGCACUUGCAACGGAGAUUCAAGCUUUCUUAUAUACUCUAAAAGAUCUUUUACAACAAGGAAAGCAUCACUCUGACCUGAUCAUUGAAACCGACUGCCUGAUUCUAGUCGAAGUAAUCAAUCACGAGCGUCUCCCACUGUGGGAAGAUAUUUUGCCCUCUUUUUCGAAUCUGAAGGUGCAUCACUGCAGAAGAUCGGCAAAUGCCCUAGCCGAUUGGGCUGCGAAAGCCCACGGUCGAGGUUCCCUUUCCCCAACUUGGGCCUCUUCACCUCCUCCACCUUUGUUAGAUCUAAUUUGUAAUGAAGCCCUGCUAGCGGGUUGUACUCUUUUCCCUACUUAA